AUGACCACUGCUGCUGCCUCUCCCGCCCCCGCGGCCGAUGCCGCCCCUGCUGCUUCUGCGCCUGCGGCUCGUCCGACUCGCCCCGACGAGAAUGCCUUUAAGGAAGCCCUCGCCAAGGCCGAGAAGGAGCACAAGGCUGCCAUGGACAAGUUUAACGCCAUCAAGGCCAAGAUCGAUGUUGCUCUCCCGAACAAGAACAAGGACCAGCCCAGCGCUACCCAGAAGCGCCGCCAGGAGCUCAUUGCUCAGGCCAACGAGAUCCGCCAGAAGCAGGCCGGUGGCAAGAAUGCCCGCACCUCCAAGCUGGACCAGAUCAAGCGCCUCGACGAGCAGCUCCGCAGCCGUGUCAACGAGCAGAAGGCCGCCAAGGCCAAGGUCCCCUUCAAGAGCGUCGAGGAUGUCGACCGCCAGAUUGAGGCCCUCGACAAGCAGGUCAACUCGGGCACCAUGAAGCUCCAGAUCGACGACCUCCGCGCCAAGAUCAAGGAGAUCAAGGACUCCAUGGAGGACCCCGAGCAGAAGGCCCUGUCCGAGCAGUACAACAAGAUCCAGGCCGAGCUCGACGUCAUCAAGGCCGAGCAGGACGAGGCCUACAAGAACCUGUCCAGCCUCCGCGACGAGCGCACCAAGCUGCAGGCCGAGCAGCAGGAGAAGUUUGCCGCCAUCCGCAAGCUCAAGGACGACUACUACGGCCAGAAGAAGGCUUACCAGGCCUACGAGCGCGAGGCCCGCGAGAAGCAGCGUGAGCGCCAGCGCCUGGAGCGUGAGCGCUACGUCCAGGAGCGCAAGAAGGCCGACGCCGAGCGUGUCCUUGCCGAGGCCAGCGAGCCCGCCUAUCUGGACGAAAUCCGCCGUGCUAACAGCCUGCUCGCCUUCCUCGACCCCUCGUUCAAGGCUGAGAAGACCCCUCUGCUUGCCGACUCUGGCUUGACAGCUCAGGCCCAGCGAACCGUUGACGAGUCUGGUCUUAAGGGUACCAAGCUUGUCCGCAAGGAGGACCGUGAGGAAGAGUACGCCCCUGCUCAGUCCAAGGGCAAGAAGGGCAAGAAGGGCAAAUCCGGCGGUGCCCAGAAGGGCUUCAACUGCCCCCCAUCCGUUGUUGAAGACUGCGCCUUCCUCUCUCUUGAUCCCCCCAUGCGCGAGGAGGACAAGCCUGAGUUGAUCGAAAAGGUCAAGGCCAAGCUUACCCACUGGAAGGAGGACCAGGCCGCCCAGACCCAGCGUAACAUCGAGAAGGCCAAGAAGAAGCUCGAGGAGCUUGAGAAGAACGAGAAGAGCGAGAACUCUACCAACGGCGACAAGGUUGAGGAAGCGACCGCCGAACUCAAGGAGGCCUCUCUCGAGGACAAAAAGGAGGAGUCGUCAUAG